UUUAAAACUUCUCUCAGCUCAAUCUCUCCAUUCCCCUCCAAAACUCUCUCUCUCUCUCUCCGAAAUGCAGCUUCUUCAGUCUCUGAAUUCUCCAAAUCUCCUCUUUCCUAUCUCUAAAUCACCUUCAAAUGGCAGAAGAGGAAUUCUUUCACUAAACAAGUCUUUCAUCGUUGCGCCUCAAACCCACGAGAGAUAUGUGCGAUUUUCGCAUAAUCCGCCGCCUUCGAGCUUAAUGUUCCUGAGAGCUGCUUCUCUUGAAGCUGGAACUUCUACAACAUCACCAGACACGGGCGAGAAAGAUGUAUUGAAAGCCUUGUCCCAAAUAAUUGAUCCAGACUUUGGGACUGAUAUUGUAUCAUGUGGGUUUGUGAAGGAUCUGCACAUUGAUGAAGCUAUGGGAGAGGUUUCAUUUCGGUUGGAGCUCACCACACCGGCAUGUCCAAUUAAGGACAUGUUUGAGCAACAAGCAAAUGAGGUGGUGGCAGCACUUCCUUGGGUUAGAAAAGUCAAUGUGACAAUGUCAGCACAACCUGCAAGACCUGUUUUUGCAGGGGAUCUUCCCAAGGGGUUACAAACAAUUUCGAAUAUUGUAGCAGUUUCAAGUUGCAAGGGAGGUGUGGGAAAAUCUACCAUAGCUGUAAACCUUGCAUACACAUUAGCUGGUAUGGGAGCUAGAGUUGGAAUAUUUGAUGCUGAUGUUUAUGGUCCGAGUUUACCGAAAAUGGUUUCCCCUGAAAAUCGGCUAUUGGAAAUGAAUCCAGAGAAGAGAACAAUACUUCCAACUGAGUACUUGGGUGUCAAGCUGGUAUCUUUUGGAUUUGCUGGACAAGGGCGUGCUAUCAUGCGUGGACCAAUGGUUUCUGGGGUCAUCGAUCAACUACUCACUACUACUGAGUGGGGAGAGCUAGACUACCUUGUUAUUGAUAUGCCUCCGGGAACUGGUGAUAUUCAGCUUACUCUAUGCCAGGUAGUCCCAUUAACUGCAGCUGUGAUUGUCACCACCCCACAGAAGCUGGCAUUUAUUGAUGUUGCAAAAGGAGUUCGUAUGUUUUCAAAGCUUAAGGUUCCAUGUGUUGCAGUAGUUGAAAACAUGUGCCACUUUGAUGCCGAUGGGAAGCGCUACUACCCAUUUGGCAGAGGUUCAGGUCAUCAGGUUGUCCAACAGUUUGGGAUCCCACAUCUCUUUGAUCUUCCCAUCCGACCAACUCUGUCAGCUUCUGGAGAUAGUGGAAUGCCUGAAGUGGUGGCUGAUCCUCAAGGUGAAGUUUCAAGGACUUUUCAAGACCUUGGCGUUUGUGUUGUCCAACAAUGUGCCAAAAUUCGCCAACAAGUGUCAACAGCAGUAACAUACGAUAAAUCUAUUAGAGCAAUCAGGGUGAAGGUGCCAGAUUCAGAUGAAGAGUUCCUAUUGCAUCCUGCAACAGUGAGACGAAAUGAUCGUUCUGCUCAAAGUGUUGAUGAGUGGACGGGGGAGCAAAAACUUCAAUAUUCUGAUGUUCCUGAAGACAUUGAGCCUGAAGAUAUUCGGCCGAUGGGAAACUAUGCGGUUUCCAUUACAUGGCCUGAUGGGUUUAGUCAGAUAGCGCCUUAUGAUCAGUUGCAAAGUAUAGAGCGAUUAGUCGAUGUCCCUCGACCAUCUCAUUUGAGGGCAAAUAUAUCUACAUAGAUGAAAGAUGAAAAAUGAUCAUAUGUUUUACUGGUCACUUGGGACAAUUGAGAGUGUGGGGCUCGUCCGAUUUUUCACGGAUGGGUUUUGAGGUAGAAAUUAUAUUGGAGUUAAUUGUUUUACCUUACAUGUUGUUCAUGUGUCCAAUGAGAGCUUUGAUUAAAAGAGAUGGUUUGCCAUUA